AACUUGUGGAGUGCGAUUUAAAUUAACAAACAACACAAAAUGGCUAUGUGCGCUGAGGCGGCAAUUGAUGAGGUAUUGGAAAAGGUGCCAAGCGUGCAAAUCGGACCGGAUGCAAAAGAAUAUAAUUUGCUGCGUGCCGAGGAAGAGUAUGAGAGCAACAAUGAGGAGCAUUCAAUAUACUAUCAAGUUAAGUCGAUGUUUCAUGGUGUGGACAUGCGUUUUGUGCACGAACCGGAAAAGCCGACAGACUUGUCACGGAAUAUAACCAAGAUCUCGGAUACGGAAAAUUUUGAUUACAAUAAUUCAACCUUCUUCAAGAACAUCAAAAGCUAUCAAGAAAAAAUCUGGCCGCCCAAGAAUGCAAAGAAGCCAACAAAUAAUCAUGUGGACUUCUUUAUGGGUAUUUGCGAGCCCAAAGAGGGCUUGGAAAAAAUAAAGCAGGUCUGCCAGCAACUGCCCGAUGAGUGGUGUGUGCUGCAGCUCUGCAAGAGCUUUAAUCCAGCCAACACAUACUCCAGAGUGAACGAUAUAGCUGCGUCCAGCGGAUACAUUUAUAUGACUUUGCUGCGCCACUGUCGCAGCUCAGAACUGGGACCCAUAUGCCUGCGAUUUGACAACGCGCUGUUACCUACGAUCUUCAAGCAAUACAGCACACUGGUGGAUCGUUAUAGAAGCAUUGUCACGGUGGAUCACGCGACAGUAAAGGAUCAAAAAGUAAAGGCCAAAUAUUGGAAGAACAUCUGUGAAUUUAAUGACUUUUUAACGAAACUCAUUGAGAAUCUGGGCAAGGUAAUACGACCGUAUGCCUGCAUGUUUCUGGGCAAGCGCUACAGCUCGCUAGAUGGGGAGAAGUCCACAAAAUUAGUUUUCCAACGCGUGGACAAAUACUGUAAGAAGCUCAAAUGGAGCAGUCAUCAGCGUGUGCUGCUUUCGCAGGCUUGCCUGCAUGCCAAUCGCAUGUCGGACAGCGAGCUUGUGGAAAUGAGCUAUGAACUCACUAAAAUCAACCAAAGCAAUUCGAAUUUAAAUGAGACUGAGCUGCAGCUGGUGCAAGAGCUGCUACGAAAAUGUGCCAAGUCGUGGCAGCGCUUCGAGGACUCUCAGCCGUUGGCUAAGAAGCGCUAUCCCGUCAUUUUAGUAGUAGAUGAGCGCCUGGAUCACAUGCACUGGGAGCAGCUGGCACCCGAACAGGAUUUCACGCGAUUCAGAUCAUUACAUAGUCUUUUUCGUCUUUAUAAUUACCACAAGCCAAAUAUCAAAAGCGGCUACUACGCGGUUCACGUUGAGCGUGGCGUUAGCGUCAUUAAUCCCGAUGGGGAUCUAAAGAAUUCGGGGCGUCGACUGCGUAGUUUUAUGGAGUACUGGCUGAGUCACUGGCAGCACACAUUCGAGAAAGUGCCAACCGAGAAAUUCAUGACUGAGCAGGCCUUCAAAGCGGAUUGCUUUGUCUAUGCGGGUCACGGCUCAACACUGCAGUAUAUUUCGAGUUCGGCCAUUUACCGCAAUCUCAUCAAAAGUGUCGCCUUUCUAUUUGGCUGCGACUCAGUGCGACCCCUGCCCACCGGCCUGCACAGCUCCCUGUAUGGCGCACAGGAUUAUUAUCACGGUGCACUCUGUCCCACUGUGGUGGGCACUCUGAUGCCAGCGCUCGAUGGCAACAUGGAUAAUGUCUCGGCCCAUAUACUCAGUCGCUGGAUUGCGCCCGCCAAUCGCAAGGUUGUACCUUGGACAUGCAUCGAUCGUGCUGCCUGGAUUACCCAGGGCACUAUAAAAGCUCAGGCAGGUUCGAAGUCGACUAUGUCACAGGCUCUAGACUAUCAAGUGGGCAGUCUCUCGGCAAUUUUAUCACAUGUGCAUCUAGGAAAGGUGGAGCCCAAGAUUUAUAACUAUUGCAUUUACGUGUGCCGUGGUCUACCCGCUUGGAAUCUAGCCAUUGAAAAGUUACCAACGGAAUUUAGCAGCAAAUCAAAUUAGUUUUUAAUAAAUAACAAUAAGUAUGUCUAAUUUGAUUUAUUUUAAA